AUGGCCUUGGUUUCAGUGAUCCCGCAACCGAGACUCCCAAUCGGGACUCGGAGGAGCUAUGGCACAUCAUCAACAACACAUCAGCGGCGUGCAUGGGUGUGGGACGCGUGUGGCACUGCCCACAUCAUGGAGCAUGAGGGCAAUGAGAUGAUGCGGCCCCUCAUUAUCAAUGGUAGAAUAGCACCCUGCCAUCAGCUCGGUGCAGACCCGGCACCACGAGCUUGCGCUCCUGUCUCCCCGCCUCCCGUCCCUUCCCUCUCCCGUCCCUCUUCUCCUUUCAUCCCUCCUUGCCUCCCGUCUCUCCCCUCCUUUCAUCACUUCCUUCCGCCUGUCCCUCCCCUCCUCACUUCCCUCACCUAUUCCCUCUCUGGGCCUACCCUCCUCUUCCUCCCCUUCCUCACCCUCCGCUCCCUCCCCUUCCUCUCCCUCCUCUCCCUCACCCUGUUCUCCCUCCUCUCCCUCACCCCCCUCGCCCUCCUCACCCUCCCCUACUCACCCUCCUCUCUCUCACCCUCCAUUCCCUCUUCGCCCUCCUUGCAUUCCUUACCCUCCUCUCCCUCUGAGUUUUAG